AUGGACUUUUUACGCGGCAUAAUUGGCACACCGGUAAAUCAUUCGAUCAUUGUACCGACGGCAGUUGAGUGGUUUGCAGGUGGGUUUACUGUAACUUUUAAAAUUAAAAUUGAAAAAAAUUAGUAACGUUUAAAAAUUUUUUAAAGAGUUUGUUUUUUGUUUGUAAUCAAAAUUAAUAUUUAAAACGAAUAUUUUGGGUAUCACCACGAAAACAUGCGAAUGUGUAAAUUUGUUGAAAUUUUGUAGUACUGUGACUUUAAACAGUAUAACUAGCUAUUUUAAUAUUAUUUUUUCUAUUUUAAACUCGGUUUGACUAAAAAACGUGAUUGUUGAGGGUCCCACAACGAAUACCUAAAAAUGCUUGAAAUUAUUUUUGUUUUGACAAAAAUUUAGUUUACAUAAUUUUAUAAAGGUAUUCUGACGUUUUAGUUUGCUUUGUUAAAUUAUUUGAUUAAAAAAUGGUAGAUUUUGGGUCCCAGCACGAAAGCUUGACAGUACGCAAAUUUAUAAAAAUCUUGAUGUAUUGUGACUAGAAAUAGUAUAAAAAACUAUUUUUAAGUUAUGUUGACGAUUUAACAAAGUUUUUAGAUUAAUAAUACUAGAUUUCGGGUUUCACCACAAAAACUUGAAAUUUAGAAUUUUGGGUCUUGAAGAACAAAUAUAUAGUGUAACAUAGAUUAAUAUAGUAAAAUACGAUUGUCUUGGGGUUUUUUUAAAAAUUACUUUUUUAGAAAUGCCAAAAAGUUACAUGAUGAUGAUAUCAAUGGGUAUAUGUUUCUCCAUAAUCUCUAUGUUACUCGGCGUUGUGCAUUUGUUUUACGUUUUAAAAUAUAUUAGUAACGAGCAAAUCCAAACGGAUUUAUAUUGGAUAAUAUUCAUGUGUCCAGUAGUGUCGUUAUGUGGUUCUAUUGGAAUGGUACUACCCCGGUCGGCAGUGUUUUUAUAUGCUGUGGCAUUGGUGUAAGUAUAAUAUCUUAUUGUAGUUUUGAAGAGGGGACGAUAGAGUAGUAGUGGUGUCAUAGUAGGGUGGGUAGGGUAGUUCUACUGUAAGUUCCUUUCAUAAUAAAUUUUUUUAGUUAUUUCAUGUUAUGCAUAUUCGUCAUGGUAACACUGAUGACCACCCUACAUGGCAGUCGCCAAGCAAUGUGUGAAAAGCUUCUAGAACGUAAUCUCAAGAUCAGUGUCCGAGUAUUUCCACUUGGUUGUUGUCUAUUUUGCUUUCCAAAAAUCGACCCAACGGACAAAAAUUUUCGAAAAAUUGAAAGUUUGGUGUUCCAAUCGCCGUUGGUUCGUAUCUUUCUAGAGAUAAUGAACAUUAUGGUAUUCUUCGAGAUCAAUGAUAGAACACAUUUGUUCUUCCAAAUUUCAAAUUUAAUUGGAAUGUGCUCGCUGUUCGUUGGGUCUUACGGUAGCUACAUGAUUAUUCCUGCUGGCAGUGUAAGUUUGUCUUUUUUAUAAAAGCUGUUUCGAAAUACUUAUUUUACUGAUAUUUAUUCUUUUUUUAUAUUUUUGUUUAUAUUUACAAAAAAAUACAAAAGAAAUUUUAAUUUUGGGUCCCACCACGAAAACCUGAAAAUUGGUAAAUUUGAGCUAUUGUAACAAAUUUAGUUUAAAAAUGUUAAAAUAAGACUUUUUAAGCAUUUUUUAGCAUUCUCUCUAUAUGAAAUGUCAUUUUAAUAGUAUUUCUAUGAUCUCACUGACAAGGAAAGGUCCCCACCGCGCAUUGGACUGGUGAAAAACUGGUACAUACAAGUUGUAGAGCAUGGUCAAAUUAGCCGAAAACCGAAAAAAAAUUUACCCCUUGUGGGGGUUUUUUAAAAGGUUUUCUUACGUCAAAGUUUAAAAAUAUUAAUUGCGCUCGCGCUAGACUCGAAAAAGAAGAGGUGAGUGCCGUGCUGCAAUAGCGCAGUGGUUGCGCUCGCUUACGCUCCGAGCCUGUUGGUUCAGGUCCCGUCGGGGGCAAACCCCUUUUGCGCCCAGACUAACAUUUGUAAAAAUUAAAUAAUUAUUUUUUUUUUGUCAAAUUUUACAUAUUCACCAUCCUCGAUGUUAUUAUAGCCACCGGGCUCUUCGAAUUCUCCGCCAAAUCCCAAUGUUUCGCUACAAAAGCAAUCAAAAUCGUCAUCCAAGUUGGCCAUUUCCAUUAAACAUCUUGUAAUUUCACCAAAGACCUAAAAAGUAACAAAACAUAACUGUAAAAACUUACUUUCUUGUGUUUUCGAGUCGGAAUGAAGGCCUCCGCAUCACCAAAGCUUAUUCUCAGCAUUGAUAUCACUUCAGAAUAAAACUUCUCCAUUAUUACAAACAAAAACAAUAUAAAAGUACUAUUUAAAUAAUUAUAGAACAAACAGAUCGCAAAAAAAAACAAAAUUUGACAAAAAAAAUAAUUUUCUUAUUUUUAAUAAUGUUAAUCCAGGCACAAAAGAGAUCAUCUCCGGCGGGACCCGAACCGACGGGCUUUGAGCGUUAAACGAGAGCGCAACCACUGCGCUAUUGCAGCACGGCACUCACCUCUUCUUUUUCGAGUCUAGCGCGAGCGCAAUUAAUAUUUUUAAACUUUGACGUAAGAAAACCUUUUAAAAAACCCCCACAAGGGGUAAAUUUUUUUUCGGUUUUUGACUAAUUUGACAAUGCUCUACAACUUGUAUGUACCAGUUUUUCACCAGUGAAUGCGCGGUGGGGACCUUUCCUUGUGAGUCCCACCACGAAAAUCUGUAUUAACCCAAUAUCCAUUUCAGAAACUUCUAAAAGCCUACCGAUUCCAAUUGAUGUUUAGAAUGGUGGAUCUCAGCCAAUUGGCGUAUUCUGUUCAAAAAUUUUUCUUUGAUUUCUUGGCCGCUGUGGGUAUCAUCACCAACUCGAAUAUACUACCUGAUACUGCUGUUGGGCAAUGUAAGUACUGUAUUAUAUUUAAUAAUUCAUAAGAGACGCAUGCGUAUUUUACAACUUCUUUUGAAUAAUUUUUUGUUAUAUCAAAAGUUAUUGGAAGAAAGACGAAAUGUCACAAUAAUUAUUGGAAUUCAAAAAAGCCUCAAGCUGCGAUAAAACUCCAAAAGCAAACUUAAAUUUUAACUUUUGUAUUAAUUUUUUUAGUUUACACCUCCUUCCUCCUCACAAUCGAAAUGUUGUUCAUCUCCAUCAUGGCGACCAUUGUGUUUCGACCGUCUCAGACCAUCUUUUUCGACAAAUAUAAACAUCCAUUGGAUCGGAUGGAAGAUGACAUGAGACGUCAUCAAUGUUCGUAUGUUUCAGUACCUAGUUUGGGCUUGGAGGACCCGAAAUUCCACCGCAAUAAUAAUUUUAAGCGACCGGAAACUCAAUCGACUUGUAGUUAUGAGAGUGAAAAAGAUGACAUGGAUAGUAUGAAACGGGUGGAUGCUGUUUAUAGAGGGUACUUUUAA